GCCAGUUGUCCUUUCAUAACCACAGCAGCAAUAAAUAGUGCUUUGGACCAGACUGCAAAGAUACAAUUUUCCAAAGCACAGAACCCAACACUGCCACGAUGAUUUACCUUUCAGGGCUUGUUGGCUUCCUGUUGGUACUAACAGCUGAGGCCAGAAUUGGAAACUCAUCUGAGUUGAGCUUCUGUACUGAGACAAAGGAGUGCCUGCUGUUUGAUCCGGUUUGUGAGACUUCUGUUUUUGAGGCCCGCCACUAUGACUCCCAGACAUGGGUUUCAACUAACGAGACUUCCAUCUGCAUGGAGUUUGCAUCAAUGGGAUUAUUCAGGCGACUGUUUGGUUACAUCACUGGUAACAACGUGGAUGGAAAGCAAAUUAUAAUGACAGCUCCUGUCCUUAUAAAGAUGCCUAAGGCGGGUUAUUUUUUUAAAUCCUACACAAUGAGUUUCUUGCUGCCAGCUGGAUUUCAGGGGAAAGCCCCCCAACCUACUGAUACUAAGGUGUACAUCGAGCAGAAGCCAAAGAUGAAAGUGUAUGCGAAGAGCUUCGGAGGAUGGAUGAUGACCGGUGCUCUCAAAAACCAGGCAAGCAGCCUGGCCACCGCCCUUGACUUGGUGGAGGCCGAGUACAAAGAAGACUUCUACUAUGCUGUUGGAUAUAACAGCCCAAUGAAGGUCUUUAACAGGCACAAUGAGGUGUGGUUUGUGGGAGAGGAUAAGCUGGUGUGCGCCGCCAAAGACUCCAGCAGUGAGGAAAUUUGAAUAUUAUGGCCCUGUGCAAUGACAGCUUACAGCAGACGUUGUAUAUGAAGAGACGUUGCACCUGGACAUUGCUUCUAGUCAUAACGUGUCAUAUAAAUAAAUGACCUGACAGCGAGAGCACAGAUUUUAAAAAUGCAGAUGGAUUUGAAUUAAUUGAAUACUCCAUGCUAAACUUGUCACAAUGGUUUUAUACUGGUGUGUUUUUUUUGUUCUAAUCAAUAAAGUAACGCUUUUGCAGUGAU